AUGCCGCUAGACUCUGAUUUAAAGCCGGUUACUACGUCAGCGGCUACCGCGACGGUCAGAUCGUUGGUGGAUACGCGAUGGAUGGACGAGAGGAGUGCAGAUCGGUUGCGGUACCCGGGCAGGAAGCGCGUGCUGGGGUUCGUCGGCGUUCACACUGGUUUCGGCAACGGCAGGAGGCGCAGGCUGCUCCGCGACACGUGGUUCCCCGGCACUCCCGAGGAGCACGUGCGGUACGGCAUUUUGGUUGAGGAGGGCGGGGGGGAGAGAGGGAAGAGGGGGGGAAGGGAAAAGCGGGGGAAGGUGGGGGAGCAUGGGGUGGGGGCGAGGGGUAUGAGGCUAUGCAGACGACGACAUCUACCUCAUACCAAGUACGCCCAUCUUACCUCCUACCAGACCGCCUCUCUGAUCGCCAAGCCAAGACAGUCCCUUCGAACCUACAUUGGGUGCAUGAAGAAGGGUGCAGUGGGCACUAGCCCUAAUGUAAAGUGGUUUGAGCGCAAGUCGUGGUUGUUGGGAUCACGCUAUUUCCUGCAUGCCUUUGGUGCCAUCUAUGCCCUCUCCUACGACGUCGUCAGCACUCUCAACGCCAUCCCCGAGGACGGGCUGAGCGUGUUCACAAAUGAGGACGUGUCAGUGGGAGCAUGGAUGCUCGCCUUUGAUGUGGUGCAUGAGAAAACCACGGCUCUCUGUGAGAAGGACUGCACGCGCCAUGCUGUUGCUCUCUGGGAGCCAAUUUGUGCCGGCCUCUGCCGACCUUAUUCGCAGAUGAGGAAGCUACAUCGGAACUCCUCCCGGUGCUCCAGAUACAGCUGCCUCGCUCCCGCGGCAUGGACGGCGAUCGAAUCCGAUUCGUUGGAAGACUUAAAGCCCAUUGGCGGAGUUGCGGCGACCUACGCGAUCGGACCGUUGGCGAGUCUGCGAGGGAGCAUGGACGACUCGGCGGCGGACCUGGGGGGGAUGGAAGAAGCGGAAGCGCCGCGAGGGAUGGACGAGGCGGAAGCGCGCGGAUUGGAAGAGGCGGAACCGUCGGGGGGGAUGCAAGAAGCGGAACCGCCGCGAGGGAUGGACGAGGCGGAACUGCCGCGAGGGAUGGUCGACACCGAGAGGGGUGCAGAUCGGUUGCGGUACCCGCGCAGGAAGCGCGUGGUGGGCUUCGUCGGGGUGUUCACCGAUUUCUCCAGCCGCGAGAGGCGCGCGCUGCUUCGCGAGACGUGGUUCCCCGGCACACCCGACGAGCACACGCGGUAUGUCAUUCGGGACAUGGCGUGGGGACAUGGCGUGGGGACAUGGCGUGGGGGCAUGGCGUGGGGGCAUGGCGUGGGGGCAUGGCGUGGGGGCAUGGCGUGGGGGCAUGGCGUGGGGGCAUGGCGUGGGGGCAUGGCGUGGGGGCAUGGCGUGGGGGCAUGGCGUGGGGGCAGGGCGUGGGGGCAUGGCGUGGGGGCAUGGCGUGGGGGCAUGGCGUGGGGGCAUGGCGUGGGGGCAUGGCGUGGGGGCAGGGAGCGCGGUGACACGAUGGGAGGUGAUACGAUGGGAGGUGACACGAUAGGAGGUGAUACAACGCGAUGGGAUUGUGCCCUCUCUGCCCCUUCCCCCUGUCCUUCCCCCUGUCCUUCCCCCUGUCCUUCCCCCUCUCCUUCCCCCUGUCCUUCCCCUGUCCUUCCCCCUGUCCUUUCCCCUGUCCUUCCCCCUCCCCUUAAAGCGUAUAUCUCAGCGUGGAAGCAGCAACAGGCCUGGUUCCGCCAGUCGAUCACCGCUGGGCACAGGAGGAGCGUUGUGAAUGAAAUGAGCUGUCUCUGUCCCCCCUCCCCUUCCCUCCUUAGGGGUCGACCACCGGGCACAGGAGGAGGGUGGGUGGAAGCAGCGACAAGGCGGCUGGUGUUUCAGUUGGGCCACGGCAGGAGCGAGGUGAACGAGGAGGAAAGGAGCGUUCUCUCUCUGCCCCUUUUACCCCCAACCCCCCUUUUCCCGCCACCUUGGUGUGUGCCGAGGGUGGAAGCAGCGACAACGCUGGUGUUCCGAUUCCAGGGUAGAAGCAGCGACAAGGCUGAUGGUGUUUCGGUUGGGCAUGGCAGGAACCAGGCUGGUGUUUUGGUUCAGCACGGCAGGAACAAGGCUGGUGUUUUGGUUUGGCACGGCAGGAACAAGGCUGGUGUUUUGGUUCGUCAUCGGGCACACGGGAGCGUGUUGCGACGUGCUUUGGAUGUGAUUUGUGUUCCGGUUGAUAUGGGUGAUGCCCCCUCUGCGCUGCGAUGUGAUGCCCCCUCUGCACCUUUUCCCACCCUUUCCCCCUUCCGCGGUGGAUGCGCUGUGAUAGUGGAAACAGAAACAGGGCUGGUGUUUCGGUUCAUCAUCGGGAAUGGGUGGAGCGAUGGGGACGAGCAGAUGCUGCAGGCGGAGAACAGCACUCACGGGGACUUGCUUGGCGUCGACGUGGAUGAAGCGAACUUUCAUUCCAACCGCAAGGCUCUCGUGUUCUUCACGUCGCUCUUCAAGCUCUAUGAAGCCGACUUCUACGUCAAGGCAGACGACGACAUCUACCUCAUUCCAGAGCGCCUCGCUUCUCUGAUCGCCAGGCCAAGGAAGUCACCUCGAACGUACCUGGGAUGCUUCAAGAAUGGACUCGUGGUUACUAACCCUGACAUGAGCGAGUUUGAGCCGAACUCGCAACUGCUGGGGCCUCAGUAUUUCCUGCAUGCGUACAGCAACAUCUACUCCCUCUCCUACGGCGUGGUCAAGAUUCUCAACGCCGUUCCCAAGGGCAGGCUGAGGAUGUUUGUGAGCGAGGACGUGACGAUGGGAGCAUGGAUGCUCGCAUUCAACGUGACGCAUGAGAGGAGCUGGUCGCUCUGCCAGAAUAUCUGCACGCCCUCUGCUGUGGCUGUCUGGGACAUACCGAUCUUGGUGGGCGGGCGGGACGAAUUCCCCCCCCUGUGUGGUACUCGCCGCUGCUUCAUGCGCCACGUGGUUCCCAUCCACGUGGUUCCCAUCCACGUGGUUCCCAUCCACGUGGUUCCCAUCCACGUGGUUCCCAUCCACGUGGUUCUCAGCCACGUGGUUCCCAUCCACGUGGUUCCCAUCCACGUGGUUCCCAUCCACGUGGUUCCCAUCCACGUGGUUCCCAUUCACGUGGUUCCCAUCCACGUGGUUCCCAUCCACGUGGUUCUCAACCACGUGGUUCCCAUCCACGUGGUUCCCAUCCACGUGGUUCCCAUCCACGUGGUUCCCAUCCACGUGGUUCCCAUCCACGUGGUUCCCAUCCACGUGGUUCCCAUCCACGUGGUUCUCAGCCACGUGGUUCCCAUCCACGUGGUUCCCAUCCACGUGGUUCCCAUCCACGUGGUUCCCAUCCACGUGGUUCCCAUCCACGUGGUUCCCAUCCACGUGGUUCCCAUCCACGUGGUUCCCAUCCACGUGGUUCCCGUCCACGUGGUUCCUCACCACAACUGGCGACCACAAGCGGUGGGCCAUGGGAUAAGACGGCCUGCACCCUUGUCGCCGAUGCGGGUGAAAUCAAUAUUUUUGAUGGUCAGCCCACCGUUCCCAUUGCGCCACCCACGCCAUCUGUUUUGUGCAUCCCUACCCACCUUUCCUCCCCCCUCUCCUCGUCUACUUUCCUUCUUAUGCAAAUUUCCCAGGGUGGAAGCAGCAACGGGGCUGGUGUUUCGCUUCAUCAUCGGGCACGGGAGGAGUGCAGUGGACGAGCAGAUGCUGCAGGUGGAGAACAGAACUCACGGGGAUUUCCUUCGCAUCAAUGUCGAUGAGGCCUAUCUCAAUCUUAACCACAAGACUCUCGUGUACUUCACAUCUCUCUUCAAGCUCUAUGAAGCCGAGUUUUAUGUCAAGGCAGACGACGACAUCUACUUGAGACCAGACCGCCUCUCUUCGCUGAUCGCCAGGCCAAGGAAGUCACCACGAACCUACCUUGGUUGCUUGAAGAAGGGAGCUGUGUUCACUAACCCUAAAAUGAAGUGGUUUGAGCCCAAGUCAUGGCUGGUGGGGUCGGAGUAUUUCCUGCAUGCCUACGGCCCCAUCUACGCCCUCUCCUACGACGUGGUCAACAUUCUCAACUCCAUCCCCAAGGGCAGGCUGAGGAUGUUCUUAAACGAGGAUGUGACUGUGGGAGCAUGGAUGCUGGCCUUUGAUGUGUCGCACGAGAUGAGCUGGCCUCUCUGCCAAAAUAAUUGCACGCCCACCGCUGUGGCUGUUUGGGACAUGCCCACCUGUGCCGGCCUUUGCCACCCUGAUGUGCAGAUGAAGCAGCUACAUCAAAACCCUGCAUGCUCUGGGAAAGAAGCAGUUUAA